UUCGGUCGAACAUCUUAAAAUGAUGUCGAAAAACGGAUGGACGGGGUGGAAUUCUCCCAGACAUCGCGGUGGGCUCCACCUUGUUUCGUAGCGCAGGAACUUCGCGCGCAAGGCUUUCCAGGAAAUCCGCCCAAAUACGACUGCCCCGAGCCCGACCCCUCCGGUUGGAUCUUUACCUGAAGUGCCCAACCCACUGACGGCCUAAUCUCGACGUUGAACUCAUGUGCCCCACCGGACGAAUGGACCAGCUUGAUUUGUGGUCAGGCAGUGUUCCCCUUACGCUCUACCAGAUGAACGGCUCUCGCCUCUCUUUCGCACGACGGUCCCCUCCCCAUCUCACCCGCGCGAAUAACGACCGAAUUCCCGUCAAGGCAGUUCGUGACAAACGCACAUUCUAAUACGCUGGCUGCGCAGAGAACCCUCUCUCUACAAGGCAAGAAAAAGUAAAGAGCGAAUCUCUCUCUCUCUCUCUCUCUCUCUCUCCGUUUCGAUGCAGCGAAAGAUUAAAAAAAAGCCCCUCUAAAACCCAAUCCGCUUCCAUCUGUAGAAGAUGACUGUUAAAAACCCUAACGGAUUCCAACCACCUUCUCCUCUCCUUCUGCUUUUCUUUUAGGGCAAAAAGCCUAAUCUCUCCCUCUCUUCCCUUCUCUCUUUCUCUUCUCUCCUUCAUCUUCUACUCUCAGGCAUUUUCUUCUUUUUUCCUGGAAUGGAAGGAGCGACGUACAGCCAGCGCACGGUGGAGGAGGUUUUCAAGGAUUUCAAAGGCCGAAGGGCUGGAAUGAUCAAAGCGCUCACCUCCGACGUUGAGAGCUUCUAUCAGCAGUGCGAUCCCGAUAAAGAGAAUUUGUGUUUAUAUGGACUUCCAAAUGAAACUUGGGAAGUCAACCUACCUGCUGAGGAGGUGCCUCCAGAGCUUCCUGAGCCAGCACUUGGAAUAAAUUUUGCUCGGGAUGGGAUGCAAGAAAAGGACUGGUUAUCGCUAGUGGCAGUUCACAGUGAUGCGUGGUUACUUGCUGUGGCAUUCUAUUUUGGUGCACGAUUUGCAUUUGACAAAAAUGACAGGAAGAAGCUCUUCCACAUGAUUAAUGAACUUCCCACCAUAUUUGAAGUAGUGACUGGGACCGCAAAGAAGCAGCCCAAGGAGAAAUCUGCAGCCACCACUCCCAACAGCAGCAGCAAGAGCAAGUCAAGCUCAAAGACGCAACAACCCAAACCGUCCGACUCUCAGUUGAAGGCGUCAAAGAUGCAGAUGCCGAAGGAAGAUGAGGAGAGUGGGGAAGAAGAGGAAGACGAGCAAGGGCUGACGCUCUGUGGAGCAUGCGGGGAGAACUACGCGAAUGACGAGUUCUGGAUCUGCUGCGAUAUUUGCGAGAGGUGGUUCCAUGGGAAGUGUGUCAAGAUCACACCCGCCCGGGCUGAGCACAUCAAGCAGUACAAGUGCCCCGCCUGCAGCAACAAAAGGGCGAGAGUCUAAUGCAUUUGGAAGGUGGUCUGAAAAGAUACAUAGAUGGGUUCGUAAGGGGCUUGGGUGGGCGGGCAGUGGUGCACCAUUUUGAAAGUGGCAGGCCAUGUUACAUAGGAAUUAUGAAUGUGGAUGAGGAGGCAGAUGCAAAUCAGUAUUUCAGUUUUGUGACUAUUGUUUGUGUUUUUCAGUCCUAUUCUUGGAAAUUGGGUGGUGUUCGUUUUUUAAAUGUUAACAGCAACAAAGUAGAUUCAUCUUUUAUGGUUC